GUGAAAGGAGUUUCUACAAUGGUUUGCUCAGCUCUCAGGAGAGUUGCUCACCUGCAUGUUUACCUGGUGAGGAAGGCCAGUAGUGUCUCCAAAGGCCAUCAUCGGCAGGCCUUGGGCUCGAGACCUGCUGCUUCAGAGUUUGCUGCCCGAGGAGCUCCAGGUGGUGUGGUGGAGUUGCUGGGCAGAUCCUACCCUCAGGAUGACUACAGCAACCUCUCCCAGAAAGUCCUCUCCAGGGUUGGCAGGAAUCUGCACAACCAGCAGCAUCACCCUCUUUGGCUGAUCAAGGAGAGGGUGAAGGAGCACUUCUACAAGCAGUAUGUGGGCCGCUUUAGGACUCCACUGUUCUCGGUCUAUGAGGACCUUUCUCCAGUGGUCACCACCUGGCAGAACUUUGACAGCCUGCUCAUCCCAGCUGACCACCCCAGCCGAAAGAAGGGAGACAACUAUUACCUGAAUGGGACUCACAUGCUGCGAGCGCACACGUCCGCACACCAAUGGGACCUGCUGCACGCUGGGCUGGAUGCCUUCCUGGUAGUGGGUGAUGUCUAUCGGCGCGACCAGAUCGACUCCCAGCACUACCCAGUGUUCCACCAGUUGGAGGGCGUCCGACUCUUCUCUAAACACGAGUUAUUUGCUGGCAUGAAGGAUGGAGAAAGCCUACAGCUCUUUGAACAGAGUUCUCGCUCUGCCUAUAAACAAGAGACACAUACCAUGGAGGCCAUGAAGCUCAUUGAGUUUGACCUUAAGCAAACACUUACCAAACUUGUGACACAUAUUUUUGGAGAUGGACUGGACAUUAGAUGGGUAGACUGCUACUUUCCUUUUACUCAUCCUUCCUUUGAGAUGGAGAUCAACUUCCACGGAGAAUGGCUAGAAGUGCUUGGCUGCGGGGUGAUGGAACAGCAACUGGUAAAUUCAGCUGGUGCUCAAGAUCGGAUCGGUUGGGCCUUUGGCCUAGGAUUGGAAAGACUGGCCAUGAUCCUCUAUGACAUCCCUGACAUCCGCCUCUUCUGGAGUGAGGAUGAGCGUUUCCUGAAGCAGUUUCGCGUGUCAGAUAUUAACCAGAACGUGAAAUUUCAGCCUCUUAGCAAAUACCCUGCUGUGAUAAAUGACAUCUCAUUCUGGUUGCCCUCUGAGAAUUAUACAGAAAACGAUUUCUAUGACUUAGUACGAACAAUUGGAGGAGACCUGGUAGAAAAAGUUGAUCUGAUAGACAAGUUUGAACAUCCAAAGACGCAGAAGACCAGCCACUGCUACCGCAUCACCUACCGCCACAUGGAGCGGACCCUGUCCCAGAGAGAGGUCGGGCGCGUGCACCAGGCCGUGCAGGAGGCCGUGGUGCAGCUGCUGGGCGUGGAGGGCAGGUUUUGAUGCCACUGCCUGGACCAGGCUGCAGCCUCUCGGGGCUCCAAGGAUUUGCGAGAGAGAAAAGGAUAUUUUGUGGAGACUGGGGCAUCCGUCAUGUUGUGAUAAAUGGGUCAGUGUUAGGACUUUCAGAAAAUAAAGGAUCGCUCUUGAGAAACU